ACCCGAAGCGGCCAAGAUUCAUUUUUGAUCGGAUUCAGUUUGACAAAAUCGCUCAGCUAUAUGUGUGAUGUGUUUCGCGGAAAUCGCCACGAAUUGAGCGUUUUGCAAUUACGAAACAGCGUAGGGUAAUUUGCCGGGUGACAGGUGUCUUGGUGUCGUUGAUUGUUGCUUUAGUUUUUUUUUGGGAUUAUUUGUGUUUGAUCAGUGCGCCUGAAACAGGUGUUUCGUUUAGAUAAUGUCCCACCAUAGCGAUGACAACAUGCUUAUACCGACGAGCGAGUCGUUUUGGGAGCCGAACAACUACAAGAAAACCACUAAACGCAUCGAAGAUGGUUACAAAUUGUGUCUCGACCUUAGCGCUCUGGUGAACGAACGGGCCGAAAUCGAGAAGAACUACGCUAAGGCGCUGAAGAGCUGGUCGAAGAAGUGGAACGACCUGAUCGAGAAGGGACCGGAGUAUGGUACCACUGAGGCGGCAUGGAAGGGCGUGCUCGGAGAGGCGGACAGGAGGUGCGAUCUGCACACGAGGGUGAGGGACAAUCUCGCCAACGAUGUGCUCAACAAGAUCAAGCAGUGGCAGAAGGAUACAUAUCACAAGUCAAUGAUGAAUAUUAAAGAGAAGAAGGAUAUGGAUGAUAGCUUUAGGAAGGCCCAAAAACCUUGGAGCAAACUACUGCAGAAGGUUGAAAAGGCGAAAAAUGACUACCACACAGCUUGCAAAACGGAAAAGUCUGCAGCGAAUCAGGAAAGGAAUGCGUCCGGGGACACUUCGAUAUCCACCGAUCAGGUGAAGAAAAUGCAAGACAGGGUGCUGAAAACGAAGGAAGAGGUGCAAAAGUGCAAGGAUAAGUAUGAGGCCGCUCUACAGGAGAUCAACCAGUACAACCCAAAGUACAUGGAAGACAUGACUGUGGUGUUUGACAAGUGCCAGGAGAUGGAACAACAAAGGCUGACCUUCAUCAAGAACACUCUCUUUGACAUUCAUCGAUACCUAAACAUUGCACAGGAUCCAGUAUUAUCACAAAUCUACGAAGAACUGUACCACACAAUCAACAACGCCGACUACGAGAAAGACUUGAAAUGGUGGUCCAACAACCACGGCAUCAACAUGGCGAUGAACUGGCCGCAGUUCGAGGACUACACUGAAGAGUUCAGGGAUAUACACAGGGGCAAAGUGAAGGACACCACCCCCUCCGGUGGCAUUACGCUGAUUAAUCAACGGCCUGUCAGCGAGGAUUUGCAUGACUACUCUGCAAACAACAAAUCUAUAAAGACGAAAGUAGCUGCUGCAAAACCGGCAACAGUCAGUCCGCCAGUUCAGGCACAUCAUGACAAUGAACCACAACCGUCCGAGAGACGUGUAGAGAGUCCCAACAACAGAAAUUCAACGAUAACAAAUGGAGGAUCUAAUCAAGAACAGAAUCCAUUCGACGAGGAAGAAUGGGAAGAGAACGGAGCGCUGGUGGACAACGGUGAAGCAGGUGUGCCAGUAAAAGCUCUCUACGACUAUGAAGGAGCUGAAAGCGACGAACUAAGUUUCAAAACAGGUGAUGUGUUUGAAAAGUUGGAGGAUGAAGAUGAACAGGGAUGGUGUAAAGGUCGCUUCAAAGGUCGAGUUGGUUUAUAUCCUGCAAAUUAUGUGGAGCCCAUAGAAUCAUCCUAAAUUCAGUGUCAAAAUUUGUUAAAUUUUUGUUGUUAUUUUUGAGAGAAAUUUAUAUACGAGCUAUUGCUCAAGUUACGUAAUAAGUUUAAGCACUAGCUGUACAUGUAUGAUGGAUGAAUGUCUUAUUUUUUUGUAGAAUUGUACAAAUUUAACAGUAUCAGAUAAUAAAGUAUUUAUAAAAAAAUUACUGCAUAAUAUAACGUAUGAUUUAUUAUGAUUAACUGUAAGUUUAAAGUAUACAUUUUUUAAGUUGUAGGCCUACACUUUACAUUGUAUUAAUGUAAAUACAUUGAGGAAAUAAAUCAGAAAUCUUCCAGUGGGUAUACAUAGAUAGCUAGACUAUAUGUAUGUAAAUUAUUACCUAGGUGUAUCUUGUUUUCGAUUACUAAUGUUAUGUAUAUAUUAAUAAGUAAAUAAAUGAAAUGUUUAUUUUAGAAAUAA